AUGGUGUCUCGAGCUCCUGGCGCGGUUGCUGCUACCACUACUACUGUUGCCGCUGCUUCCGCUGCUCCCCUUGGGCCUAUGUUUAGGCUCGUAGGCGGUAAAGGCGGCAACACUCGUUGGGCUGCUUUCACCGCUGCCAGUUCCGCUCCUGGAAUCAUCCGAGUAUGUACUGGCCCUUUCAGUACCAAUGGCAAUGGAUCAGCGUCUUCCCAAUUGAAUGGUCAGUUGAAACAUGAAACGGAAGCCCUCUCAAGCAUCAGGGGGUAA